AUGCUCUUCCGGGCGCUGGUGGGGGGAUCGCUGAGGGGGAGCCGCUGUGGGUGCGCAGAGCAAUGGCGGAACCUCCCGUGGAUCCGCGAGUUCUCCUCGUCGGGGCAGUACUCGCCAUCUUCCGCCGCGCAUCUUCCGCCGUUCUCCUCGUCUUCUUCGUCGUCGCCUCCUCCGCCGCCUGCCGCGGGGGCCGCCCCUGUUCUAGCCGAUGGCGGCGGUGGCAGCGAGGUCGGCGGUGUGGUGGCCCCCGGCCGCGAAGAGGGCGACAAUCUGUCCUUCCCGGAGGCGAAGAAGCUGCUGCGUCUGGUGAACGUGGAGGCUCUGAAGAGGAAGCUGGGGAUGGAGGGGGAGGAGGUGAUCGGCUACUCGGAGCUCUUGGACGCCUGCUUGGCGAUGGGGGUGGCCAAGUCCGGCGAGGAAGCGGUGGCCUUCACGAGGGUCCUUGACGACGCCGGCGUGAUCCUGCUGUUCAGAGACAAGGUCUAUCUUCAUCCAGACAAGGUGAUUAUUCCUAGAUUCCUCUCUUAGUACUUUUUCUCAUCUUAUUCUAGCCCACCCCCGCCCCCACACCCCACCCCCCGAAAACACUGCUGCGGAAUACUAACAGAUACGAAUCUAGAUUUUCGGUCAUUUUUCCCAACCUUGGUCUGAAUAUGAUUAUUUUACAGCCAAUCUAUCUUAAAACAUAAUAUUAAUUUUAGGAUGAAACAGAUAAUGUGUUCUCCUGCGAAUGAGAGAUCAGGAGACUGUUCCCUCCCCCCACCCCGCCUUCUGGAUUCUUCUGGGUUCUUGGUCAUCGGAGCUCGCCAAUGCUGGUGGGAGUCGUUUAUGGAUAAUCCUUUAAAUCCCCAAAUACGCCAAACCCAUGAUCCGAUUUCCAAGGUUUUCCGUUGACAUAAUGGGUUUUGGUCAAAACUGCGUUCUUCAUCUUCCCACCAUAGUUUUGAUCUUAGGAAGGACUCGAGAGAUCAUCUGGGCUCCUGUAAUCGUCUUGAAGGAAACCGCAUUAGAGCGGCAUUGCUUGGGAUCUCAUACCGUCACGAGAUCUUCCUCCCUUUUUUGCUGUAUUUCUUCCGUCAUGGUGCUGGAGUUCUCCCUCUUCGGGUAGCAAUCUGUUUCUGAAGGAUGUCCCAUUCUUCCCUGGUUUGCUCGUCUGACUUUCCUUCAAGAAGAUGAUGAAUGGUCAAGGACCCCUGAAACUAUUAGGAGAAAGUCAGCGGUUUGAAAAAUAUCGAUCAAUGAAAAAGUAGUCUCAGAGCCUUCUGGAUUUUGCUGGAUAUUCGUCAUAGACCAUUCUGAAGCUCGGAGAGCUUCCCCAUUUAGAAUCGUUCUUGCUUCCAAGAUCCUUCCUUUCUUAUUUCUUCUUUAAUGCUCCUUCUGCUCUUGUCUCUUGAAAUCGUUUUCAGGUGGUGGAGCUGAUGAAGAAGGCCGUCCCGCUGGCGUUGACCCCGGAGGACGAUCCCCGUCGGGAGGAGCUCCGAGAGCUCUUGAAGAGAAAGGAGGAGAUCGACUUCCUGGCCCACCGCCAGGUUCGGGGGAUCCUCUGGUCUGGUCUGGGGUUCUUCGUGGUGCAGGUGGGCCUCUUCUUCCGGUUGACUUUCUGGGAGUUCUCGUGGGACGUCAUGGAACCCAUCGCCUUCUUCACGACGACCACCGGGCUCCUGGUCGGAUACGCUUACUUCCUCUUCACCUCAAGGGACCCGACCUACCAGGACUUGAUGAAGAGGCUCUUCCUCUCGAGGCAGAAGAAGCUCUUCGUGAAGCACAACUUCGACGCUGCUCGCUUCUCCGAGUUGCAGAAGCAGUGCAGGUCCCCCCUGGAUGAUAGCAGGCCCCAGUGGAAGCCUUCCGAAACUCUCAAGACCCUCUUCUGA